AUGAAGCCGAAGGUACCAAAGCUACAGCAUGAAGUAACUCGGAAUCAAUGGGCGCCGCUGCAUGUUGGUGACAGUCUCAUAAUCAUUCGCCAGGAUUCUACGAGACAGCCUCCAUUGGCCAAGCAUAUGAAGGAUAUUUACUGGCAAAGCCGGCGUGUUGCUGAGCAGCUCGGCGUAUUCUCGUGGCAACAUCAUCUCCGAGCUUACAACAAGAUGGCUGACACAUUUGCAAAUAUUGCAAUGGACUCGAAGAUUAGCGCGCAAAGAGCGCCCAACUCGCUCCAGGCCCUCAACCCACAGUGGACAGCUGCCGCUGCUCACGCCCAUAAUGAUGUAGGGCAUUGGAUCGCUCGUAACUUAAUUGAGGGUACCUCGGAACCCGCAGCUGCCACAGUGUAA